UCGUCCGAGAUAAUAGCACACCUUGCUACUUCCACCAUGGUCUUGUCUUUUUCUCUGUCAACACGGUUUCGUUUCCAUGCUCCGUCCAGUAGGUCGAUGAUGAAAACCAGUCCUAAUUUCAUAUAUCGAUGUACAGAUGUCGCAUCAUACGCUCAUGAAAGUAGCCAGUUUGAUGGGAUUUAUAACAGCAGGUACAGGUUAUGCUUUUCAUUUUCGUGUGCAACGUAAUAUUAGGGAAAGCGAAACUUACAAAGAUGCUAUAAAUGCAUUACGUGUACAUAAGAAAGCUGUACCGUAUCUUGGAGAACCUACUCAAACAUCAGGUCGCAUCACGUAUGGCGUUGGGCAACAAAUACCUGAAGGUCAAACAGAUUAUAAAUGGUUUAAAGUACCUCUUAGAGGUACCAAUACUAAGGGCAUAUUAUAUUAUGAAAUAACAUCAAGUCAUGAACUUGAUGAUAAAUUUGUAGUGUCUAAAAUUGAAAUCACAUUUGAUAAUAUACCUGGAAAAACAUUUGUAAUAAGAGAUUGUAAACAGAAUUAAGAUAUUAAUAUAAAUUCGGUGCUAUA